UCCCAUGCUAUAAAGGCACCGCCCAGCGGGAGGGGCAUAGAGACUGCCUGUUGGUGUUUGGUACAUAUCUAUCCCCGGGCUGCGUGUUUAUCAGUAAAAUGAGGAAGAAUCACAUCACAUGCUAAAAACCGCUCCGUCAGGAGUCACACGCGUGUCCUGCGUCGCUCGGCUGCAUUGCUGCGCUGGAUUCCCUGCUGCCUGCCCUGACUUGGCUGCUGGAACCUUUCAUUGCAACGGUGCUGCCCUUUGAGCAAAUUAGAUUGUAAGCUCCGUGGGACGGCGACCGUGGUGCCUUGUAGCCGCCUGCGGAACCCCAAGCUCUGAGCCUGCCCAGCUUUAGCCAUCUCGGCCCGUUACACAGAGGCGCUCAUGUGACUGCUGUUGGGCGCCAGGAAUGGAGACUUGGGAGGCGACUUUUUGAAUCCAGAGGAAUAACCGCCCCGCGCAUUUCCUUAACCAUGGAGAACGAGGAAAUCCCUGAAUUCCUGAGCCCCAAGGAGGAGAUUGUCUAUUGGCGGGAGCUGGCAAAGAGACUGAAACAGAGUUACCAAGAGGCCCGCGAUGAACUGAUAGAGUUUCAGGAGGGGAGCCGAGAGCUGGAGGCCGAGCUGGAAACGCAACUGGUGCAGGCGGAACAGAGAAACCGGGAUUUGUUAUCUGAUAACCAAAGGCUAAAGUGCGAGGUGGAGUCACUGAAGGAGAAGCUAGAGCACCAGUACGCACAGAGCUACAAACAGGUGUCGCUGCUGGAGGAUGAGUUGGCCCGCGCUCGCAGCAUAAAGGAUCAGUUGCACAAGUACGUGAGGGAGUUGGAGCAGGCCAACGACGACUUGGAAAGAGCCAAAAGGGCGACCAUCGUGUCUCUGGAAGACUUUGAACAAAGGCUGAAUCAGGCCAUCGAAAGAAACGCUUUCUUGGAGAGCGAGUUGGAUGAAAAGGAGUCUUUGUUGGUGUCGGUGCAGAGGCUGAAAGACGAGGCGCGAGACUUGAGGCAGGAAUUAGCCGUACGGGAGAGACAGACGGACGGCACGAGGAAAUCGGCCCCCAGUUCGCCCACUCUGGACUGUGAUAAAACCGACUCGGCCGUGCAGGCUUCUCUCUCCCUCCCAGCGACCCCCGUGGGCAAAGUAUCCGAUAACAGCUUCACCCCACCCAAAGGGAUACCAAACGGUUUCGGAACAACGCCACUUACACCUUCUGCCCGAAUAUCAGCACUUAACAUUGUAGGGGACCUGCUGAGGAAAGUCGGGGCCUUGGAAUCUAAAUUAGCGGCAUGUAGGAACUUUGCCAAGGACCAGGCGUCUCGGAAAUCCUACGCACCUGUCGGCUUGAACAGCAGCGGUGGCGGCAGCAGCGCAUUAAACAGCAGCGGGGUAAAAUACUCCCACGCGGGGCACACGUCAUUCUUCGACAAGGGGGCAGUAAACGGUUACGACCCCCCAGGAGUUCUGGGAUCGCGGCCCCCGUCCCCCCCGGGAAUGCUUCCGCUUAGCGUAUGAGACGGACGGAAACUUUAUUUUAUUUUUAUUUUUUUUUUUGGGCGAGAGAACAAAAACUUGCUACGGUUUCAACCACUUUUGCUGCCUCCGCUCACCCCGGCAGACAAGGGGUUAACCCCCCCUCUCAGUGAGUGGAAUGUGGGGGGCUGCGCUGCAUUAACCCUUCUGCUGCCUCUCGGGUGCUCUGUAAGGACCUCGUCCUCCGCUUCCGCCCGGGGGGGUCGAGCCGCCGGCGCUACCAUGGUAACGUGAGCAUUGACUCCACGCACACCCCCCCCCCCCCCCAAUGAAUUGCCUGACCUGACGCAGCAGGUGGAGACGAGACCUGCCAAGUACUACUUUUUGGGGGGUCCUGGGGGCUCCCCAGAUCAGAAUCAUCCCCUCUACGUUACAGGGUUACUCACGUCGGCGCUUGUUUAUAGUUCAACAGUGUUGUCGGAAUCUAUUUUGCUGUGUUACAAAUAGGGCUUUAAUCGGACCCGCUGGGUCGCUCGGUACCAUUGUGGUCUUUCCAGCUCUAUAUAUAUCUAUAUAUUUGUGUAUCUAUUUGCCCCUGUCUUCAUGUGCCCCGCCCCCCACUCACAAACACACGUAGAUCCCGCCCCCUUUGCCCUGUGUCUGUACCAGUCUGAUCCAUUCUCAGCCCCCCCCCCCGGCUCAUUGGUUCCUUCCUGCACAUUACUUUUAAAGCACACUUACUUUUAACCCCUCGUUAGCUAAUAUAUAUAUAUAUGUACAUACGUUUCUGCCCCGCCCCCCGUUCUCCAUGUUGAAGUUGUGAUAUUGACGGUUUACAUUUUCCUCCCUCUUUUUUUUUUUUUCUCGUUUUUAUUGUACAUAGAUUUGUAAACAUAAUAUUUUUGGCCUGAGAUAUUUGUACAUAACUCGGGCGCUGUAGCUAUAUUUAUUGAGAAUUCUAUACGGCAUGUUGCAAGGAAGGGGAUCGGCGCCAACGCGCGCAUAAGGGAAAGAAAAGAGAAACGGACUGGGCAUCACGGUUUGCGAUGAAACGGUGAAUAUUUUUAAAAAAGAAUAAAAAAUCUUCAACGUGUAAAAUGGGGAAUUUCAUUCAGUGAGUUGGGGAGAGAAGAGCGUGUUUGUGUGUAGCAGUGCAUGAUGGGAGUAUCUAGGGGACCCCUAUCAAUGUGGAUGGGGCAGGGAUUGGAUCAUAAGUGGCAGAACCAGGACACACGAUUGGUGGAUUCAACCAAAGCCUGAACCUUCUAUUGCACCAAUGCCUGUUGCUCCGCCUACAUUUCCCUUAUUCAGCCCCUGCGGAACCUUCUAUUGCACCAAUGCCUGUUGCUCCGCCUACAUUUCCCUGAUUCAGCCCCUGCGGAACCUUCUAUUGCACCAAUGCCUGUUGCUCCGCCUACAUUUCCCUUAUUCAGCCCCUGCGGAACCUUCUAUUGCACCAAUGCCUGUUGCUCCGCCUACAUUUCCCUGAUUCAGCCCCUGUGGAACCUUCUAUUGCACCGACACCUGUUGCUCCGCCUACAUUUCCCUGAUUCAGCCCCUGCAGAACCUUCUAUUGCACCGACACCUGUUGCUCCGCCUACAUUUC